UGAGAGGAUCCGAACUUUUUCUGUGGGGAAGGGGUGUAGGUCCUUAAUCCCGCUCACAGGAGUCUGAGCUUCGCUCCUCCCCAUCCUUCCUCCUCUUCCUCCUCCUCCUCCUCUUCCUCCUCCUCCUCCUCCUCCUCUUCCUCCUCCUCCUCUUGCCUAUAAAGAGGAUUCUUCGGACCGUUUUCAGAGCGCAGAGAAACAGAAAGAAGAGGAAGAGGAGGAGGAAGAGCAGCAGGAUUUCAGUCUUGUCAGCAGAGUGAAGAUGAAGGCGUGCGUGCUGGUUUUGGGUCUGUCCCUGGUUCUGACCGUGUGCGUAGCCAGGUCUCCGUACCAGGCGGUCCUGCAGCACAGCCGGAUCCGAGGCCGGCAGCAGGGGCCGAAUGUUUGUGCCAUGCAGCAGCUUAAAGGAACCAACAAGAAAUAUUUCACCAACUGUAAACAGUGGUACCAUCGGAAGAUCUGCGGUCAGCCCACAGUAAUCACCUACGAGUGCUGUCCAGGUUAUGAGAAGAUUCCUGGAGAGAAGGGUUGUCCUGCAGCACUGCCUCUAGUGAACAUCUACAACACUCUGGGUGUAGUUGGAGCCUCCACCACGCAGAUGUACACUGACCGAGCCAGACUGAAGGAAGAGAUCGAAGGUCCUGGAAGCUUCACCUUCUUCGCUCCAAGCAAUGAGGCCUGGGCCGCCCUGCCAGCAGAAAUCCUGGAUGCUCUGGUGAGCAACGUGAACAUUGAGCUGCUGAACGCUCUUCAUUAUCACAUGGUGAAUCGUCGGCUGACCUCCGAGGACCUGAAGCACGGAUCAUCCUUCCCCUCCAUGUACCAGGAAUCACACGUCCACAUCCAUCACUACAGCAACGGGAUUGUGACAGUGAACUGUGCACGCCUUAUCAAACCUGACCAACAUGCCACCAACGGCAUCGUGCACGUGGUAGACCGUGUCAUCACCGCCAUCUCAAACAACGUGCAGGCGAUCGUUGAUGUUGAUGAUGAUCUGGAGACAUUGAGGACUGCCCUUGCUGCAGCUGGUCUGACCACUAUGCUGGAGAACGAGGGUCAGUACACCAUCUUUGCCCCCACCAAUGAUGCCUUUGAGAAGAUUCCUCAGGAGACCCUGAACAGGAUCCUGGGAGACCCUGUCGCUCUUAGAGAUCUGCUGAACUACCACAUCCUGAAACACAUGCAGUGUGCCGAGUCCAUCGUGUCGGGGGCCCCGAUGGAAACUCUGCAGGGCACCAUGCUGGAGGUCGGCUGUGAUGGAGACCAAAUGACUCUGAAUGGGAAAGCCAUCGUCACCAAGAAGGACCAGCUGGGAACCAACGGAGUCAUUCACUACAUCAAUGAGCUGCUCAUCCCAGACUCAGCUAAAACUCUCUUGGAGCUGGCUGAAGGUUCAUCUGUUUCCACGGCAACCCGUCUGUUUGUUGAAGCUGGUUUGACGUCCCACCUGACGGGGUCUGAGGCUCUGACCAUGCUGGCCCCUCUGAAUGACGCCUUCAAAGGAAGUAUGAGGAUGACUCCUGACAUGAGGAAGCUGAUGACCAAUCACAUCCUCAAGGAGCAGCUCUCCUCAAAGUCUCUGUAUCAUGGUCAGGAGCUGGAGACGCUGGGAGGACUCAAACUCAGAGUCUUCGUCUACAGAAACAACCUGUGCAUCGAGAACGCCUGCAUUGCCGCUCACGACAAAACUGGACGCUACGCCUCCAUGUUCACCGUGGAUAAGGUCCUCUCUCCACCGAUGGGGACGGUCAUGGACGUCCUGAAGGCCGACGACCGCUUCAGCAUGCUAGUCGGAGCCAUCCAGACCGCUGGAAUGACAGAGCUGCUGAACCAGCAGGGGGCGCUCACCUUGUUCGCUCCCACCAACGAUGCCUUCAACACACUGCCGCAGGCCGAGCUCAGCAGGAUGCUGCAUGAGUGGAGACCUCAAGAGCUGUCAGGUGUGCUCAGGUACCACCUGGGGGAGGGGCUGUUGGUGAGUGGGGGGGUCGGAUCACACACCAGAUUGACGCCUCUGCAGGGAGACAAGCUGGAGCUGGGCAUGCGUAACUUCACCAUCUACGUGAACAAGAUCCCGGUGAUCGAUGCUGAUCUGAUGGCGACUAACGGAGUUGUUCACGCCGUCGGUAGCAUCAUCAAACCACUGCCUCCUAAGGUGGACAGAGAACAGGCUGAUGGACCUGCAGUUGCUCCCAGAACAGAGGCCUCCUUCAAGGUGGACCCCAGGAGCUUCAGGAACGACGACCUCUUCCAGAAGGUUCUGAAGAGUCGCUCCAGCAGGACGAUGCAGAAGAGUCAGUGAAGCUGAGGUGAUGAAGGAGGAAGAUGUUCUGAGAUGUUUUUUCCAUUUUUGAUUUGUGUUUUCUGUAAAAAGCAGUUUGAACAUGUGUGAAGUUCUGGACUCAUGUGGUUCUGCAGCAUGUGGGCAGGUCCGAGUCCUGAGCAAUCAGCUGUUUCUUUGUGUUUUUGUAAAAUAAAGCUGAAGGUUUGACCA